UUAAAAAACAAAUAGUAUUCAUGAUUGUUUUCAAAAAGUUUUGACUUGAUAUUAUAAAAAAGUUUAAUUUUAUAAGCAUUACCAAUCACAUUUUCAAUGUAGUAUUCAUUGAGGCAAUUAGAUCAAUUUUAAAUACUCAUUUCUAAAUAUAUAAGUACAUUUAUAAGCUACUUAAUAAUGGAUUUUGGCUUAUUUGAACCCUGCAGACUAGAAGAUAUUCCUGAACGGCGCCCAGAGGAUGCAUGGGAAUUUAAACCUUGUCAGAAAAAGUUUCUUAUGCGACCGGAAGAUGAAAUAAGUGUAGACAGCAUCAUUUCUGCGUUGCUCUCAAAAAUCGAACCCACUGAAGAGCAGUACAGAGAAUGUCAAUGGGAUGUUACCGCUAAAGAAAUGCAUAAUGAAAAGCAGUCUUUACUCUUCGAAGAAAAACUCUAUAUAUCACGGAUUCAAACAGGACCUUGCAAACUAAAUGAGGAAAACAAAAUCUUUCUAGAAAGUGAACUCAAUGAAAUUGGUUACAUGAAACUUAGCAUAGAGGAAAGCUAUGAUGGUUAUGUGGUAUUCAGUCGCAGUCAAAUGGCGAAGGGUAGAAGCAGAAGCGUGUGUGGGCAUUGCUUGAGGGGAAAAUAUAAUGACAAAUUUUUAUUAAUCGUGGAGAAACGAAGUGAAUUCGAUUACAUAGACACGGGCAGAAUUGAGAAAAAUAUGGAAGCCCGAAUCAAUGAAAAUAUUUUGUUAGUUAUUCGUGAAACAAAAAUUAAUGCAGAUUCUCAAAAGUUCAAAGCUGAAAUUAAUGUCAAAAACAGGGAACCAGUAUUUAUCAUGGACGGUGGUAUACAACUGCUAAUGCGCUAUUUGAUAAUCAAUAAUUUCAUUGGCAAAUUUGAAUACUAUACAUUAAAUUUAUACGGUGAGUUUAAUUUUACUUUGUUAAUGAUAGCAAAUAUCAUAGAAUAA